GCCAGCGAUCAAGCUGAACCGGAUGCGGACGCAGACGAUAUCGCAGAAUCCUGGCGUGGUUCCACCAGGGUCAACUUCCCGCCCCAUGUCGAGCUCGAGCAACGAGCAACGGGAUCCAGCCUCCACCGAUCUCGAGGCCGCUCCAUGAGCGCCUGGAGUGACAUCAGCCGCUCCAGUAUACGCUUCGAAGAGCGAGUCCGGGUGGAGUAUUAUGUUAAUGAGAACACGUUCAAAGAAAGGCUACAGUUAUAUUUCAUCAAAAAUCAACGAUCAAGUUUACGCAUCAGGAUAGUGAACUUGUUUUUCAAGAUACUGGCAUGUCUUUUGUACAUAUUCCGAGUGUGCGCUGAUGGAGACCCAAUAUCAGCUACAUGCUAUGGAUGCAGGAUCGGGAAUAAAACCGAGUUUGAGUUCUCUGCGAACCUGACUGAGGAGGAAUUUCAAGAACACCCGAUUAUCAACUGGGAUGGAAUCAUCUGGGUGAACAGACCUCUAUAUCUGUGGAUUAUUCAAGUAACACUGGCCAUGAUUUCACUGGCGGAAGCGAUACUUUUGGCGUAUCUGGGAUACAAAGGAAACAUCUGGCAGCAAGUCCUCUCGUUUCACUUUAUUUUGGAAAUGGUCAAUACUGUCCCAUUUGCGCUUACUAUCCCUUUUCCACCUCUUCGGCAUUUGUUUAUACCGGUGUUCCUCAACUGCUGGCUCGCCAAGAGAUCUCUUGAGAACAUGUUUAAUGAUUUGCACCGAGCGAUGCAGAAGUCGCAAUCCGCACUUUCACAGCAGCUGAUGAUCUUAUGCGUAACACUUCUCUGUUUAGUCUUCACCAGUGUUUGUGGGAUUCAGCAUUUCCAACGGGCAGGCCACCGCCACCUCAACCUAUUCCAGGCCACAUACUUCGUGGUGGUCACAUUUUCCACGGUGGGCUACGGAGACUUUGUACCUGAUAUAUGGCCCUCACAACUUUAUAUGGUCAUUAUGAUCGGAGUCGCGCUCAUAGUUCUGCCAACGCAGUUCGAGCAAUUGGCGUUCACUUGGAUGGAACGACAGAAACUCGGUGGUUCAUAUUCAUCACACCGCGCACAGUCAGAGAAACACGUCGUCGUCUGUUCUACGACUCUCCACGCCGACACCAUCAUGGACUUCCUGAACGAAUUCUACGCCCAUCCAUUGCUGCAGGACUAUUACGUGGUGCUGCUCUCGCCAAUGGAACUGGAUACAACGAUGCGAAUGAUACUACAGGUACCUAUUUGGGCCCAGCGUGUUAUCUACAUCCAGGGUUCUUGCCUCAAAGACACAGACCUGAUCAGAGCUCGCAUGAACGAAGCUGAGGCUUGCUUCAUCUUGGCAGCCAGAAACUAUGCUGAUAAGACUGCAGCUGAUGAACAUACCAUACUAAGAUCUUGGGCAGUGAAAGACUUUGCGCCGGAUGUCCCGCAGUAUGUACAAAUAUUUAGACCGGAAAAUAAAUUGCACGUGAAAUUUGCCGAAUUCGUAGUCUGCGAAGACGAGUUCAAAUACGCAUUACUUGCGAAUAACUGCACAUGUCCCGGAGCUUCAACACUUGUCACAUUGCUCCUUCAUACAAGUCGAGGACAAGAGGGCCAACAAUCACCAGAAGAAUGGCACCGUCUCUAUGGAAAAUGUUCCGGCAACGAAAUUUACCACAUCGUCCUGGGUGACAGUCGAUUCUUUGGUGAAUAUGAGGGGAAGAGCUUUACGUAUGCUAGUUUUCAUUCACAUAGAAAGUAUGGUGUGGCAUUGGUCGGUGUUCGUCCAGCGGAACUGCCAGAGUUCUACGAAGAAACAAUUCUCUUGAAUCCCGGACCGAGACACAUUAUGAAGGCCAGCGAUACAUGUUACUACAUGAGCAUUACCAAAGAAGAGAAUUCAGCUUUUGUAGUGUCGGACAAACAGACCGACAAAGCACCGACACUCGCAAAAGAUCAGACCGCAUGUAGCCUACUUAGCAACCGGAGGAACGAGGAAGUGUCAGGGCAGGCGAGACCAGACGGUAACAGGGCCAAAUUCGGGCUUCCUGAAGUGGUUCUUCAAGCUCCAAAGAGCGCCCCAAACGCAUCGCCAUCACGCAUAUCAUCCGCUAAUUUAACUGUUGCUAGCUAUUCACCGGGUACAGAGAAUGCAUUGGACAGCAACUUACUUCUUCCCGUGCAGCGGAUGGACUCAAAUUUCCUCAGUCCAGACUGUUUGAGCUCUCGACGAGGAAGCCGUAGACCUUCAAUUCUGCCCGUCCCAGACAUGGUCACGAGUAGUUUGAACAUUGCCUCAGAUAAUCAAGACGAGGAGCCAGAGAUAGACGUUAGUGAGGACGAACUUGAAGACAAUGUACCUUGGAGAUCCGCGUCUGAGAAAAUAGCUGACGACGAGACCACAGGCUCUUCCACUUCGCUGGGUGACUGCAACUCGCGCUCUGCUGGGCUCCAUGACUUCUGCAGUUGGAAAGAGUCCGUAGCAGUGGUUUUGAAAGGCUCGUUGCGACAGGAGGCUGUAUCGAGUGGAGAGAGCAGAGAAGGUGGAAGGUCUGGUGGUGAGGGCUUUAGCAGUCGCUCGCCGACCGGCUGCCUCAGUGGCUGCUAUGGCGAUCGGACGCCGGCGUACUCAGCCAGUCUCGUGGAUGAGGCAAAAGAUAACCAUGCUCAACAAAUUGAAAGGGCUGAAAUAGCGAACUUGGUACGGUCUCGCAUGGAAUCACUAAACCUCAGCGGGGUUGACUACGACGAUGUGAGUGAGAAGAGAAACAGCCUCUCCUACGUCAUAAUAAAUCCCAGCUGUGAUUUGAAUUUACAAGAGGGCGAUAUCAUAUAUUUGGUGCGGCCAUCUCCUUUCUCUGCACAAAAAACUUUCGAACGGCACAAUAGCCGACGCAGAUCUAACAUAAGUUUCUGUUCGGGAGCUUUCAUCGCGGCCGCGGCUGCUGGAAGCCGACGUGGCUCCGCAAUGUCAGCUAUUACCUGCCAUUCCCCGCGACCUCCCCCCCUGUCCAAUACUAAAGCUAAUUCUCUAUCACUCCCCCAUAGCCCAACGCUACACACAGACUUCCGCGGUCGUUCUAAUUCCCUGCGUGUCGUUGAUGAAGGCCUCCUACGUAGAUCUAGCUCUCUGCGUCAAGGUCUCGUAGCCAAUCCACGCCGCAGAAAAAGCAGCCUGGAGGAGAUCGGCAUCACACAUUUCAACUCAUUACUCCAGCAUCAACAGCAGCAAGAACUCCAGAAUGCUGAAGCAAUAAAAAUGGCUUUAAAGGGCAGUAUUGGUCUUCAAGUCACUCCUCCAGAUGAAAUUGAUGAUCAUUUUUGCGGAGCGUUUAGAGGUUACGAAGAAAUGACUGCAGCAUUGCCUUCAUCUUCUGGCAGUAUGCGGUCAUCUCCAGAUCCGCAGCAUCUGCAAGGUACCAUCGUAUGAUAUCAUCCAAUGUGGGGACGACGUUUAAGAAAACGACGCGGCAAAUAGUGACAUAUCAUCAGCCCCACAAAUAUGGACCCUUACCUCUUAGCCCCUUAACUUUUUACAGUUAGUCUUCUUCACCUUGAGUAGUGUUGAUGUACUUACUCGAAAAAUAUAGUUUAAAAAGAACUUUCUGCGGUAACGCGAACUAUUCUUAGCGGGAUCAACUAGAUAUUAACUUACUGUAUAUAUCUUUAAACUUCUGCUAAUUUCUGUUAUCCAAUGUAUAUAAUAUCUAUUAAGAUGUGUAAGUCAAAUAUUACAUAUCAUGGAUAUAUAUAACAAAAAUGUGGAUACAAACUCAUU